GGUCCAUCCCGCACCUUUUCCCUUUGUCGCCCCCAAUUAAACUUGGGCGUUUUACCUCGCUCUACAGUAGUUCUGUACGCUACCGGCUACUUAAGUCAUAGCCGAAAGACUCUAAAUGGUGAACCCUGGCCUUUGGGCGGUGCAAAGGAAACCAUUACGUCGUUGUGUCCUUCAUCCCUAUGAAACCCUUCCUUGCCCACAUUCCAGCCCUUUUUCUUCUUCCACUUCACAGGCAUCUCUCUCCUCUCUCGUCGCCAAUUUACCUACAUUGGAGCAUUUGUCUUGACUUGGGUUUUUACACCUGAAUCUUCCAUUGACCUUUUUCAUAUUGAUAUAAUAAUAUUAUUACGCCUGUAUUCGGCGACUGCUCCCUUGUUACUUUUUACUUGCUCUCGACGGUCAUUAGUCAAAUCUGCCCACCAUGGGUGCAGCACGGCCCGGCAUCGCCUUUGUGUCGCUCUUCUUGACCGCAGGAGCUCUGCUCCUCAUGUUCUUCGUGAUCCUCGGUGGAGCAAAGAACCAUAAUCCCCUCAACGACAUCUACUUCCUCCAGGUCAACACGCGGGGUAUUCCCAAUGCCCAGACGGUGUCGCGAUGGACCAUGUACCACAUUUGCGGUGUCGUCAACGGCAAUAACGUGAACUGCGGAAAGUCUCACCCUGCCUAUCCAUUUGACCCGCCACGAAACUUUGGAACCCAAGUCGACAUUCCCUCGUCCUUUAUUGGUACGCACAAAUAUUAUUACAUGUCGCGGUUCAUGUUCGCCUUCUUCUUGAUCGCCCUCUUCUUUGGCAUCUGUUCCCUCUUUUUGGGACUGCUUGCCAUGUGCAGCAGACUGGGAGGCGCCAUCUCUGGCUUCAUGUGCUCCGUGUCCCUCUUUUUCCAGACCAUUGCCGCUGCUCUGAUGACUGCUUGCUACGUCCUCGGCCGAAAGCACUUUAGAAACGCCGGCCACUCUGCAUCCCUUGGCGUCAGGGCCUUUGCAUUCACCUGGACUGCCGUUGCCUGUCUUUUCUUGUCGACAAUCUUGUUCUGUAUGACUGCUCUUGUAGGCCGCAAGAGCGAAACCACAUACACUCGUCGCUCGAAAGGCAGUUUCUUUAGCAGAAAGCGAAGCACUCGUUCGCGCGGCAGCUUCGUCGACAACGAGAGCCAGCGCCGAGUCAAGGACGAGUACGCUUAAAUGGCACUUGCAGUGUCCUAAUGUACGCGACGGAGAAAACGUAUUUGAACAAGCUGGAUAUAAUACCCAUGGUGUCUUCUCUUAAUUGUUGCACCGAUUGAUUUGAUGAGCAUACGAUUCCCAUGUCUUGAUUACACCUAAUUCCUUUUAUCGUCAAUAUUCCCUUGCAUUGCAGUUGCAAGUGCAGCAGAAGAAGGGUCAUGAUAUCGUCUGAGUUCCGAUCAGGUCAAUUUCCUGUCCUCUGAACAUGUCUUCGUUUCUUUUUCUUCUUCUCCCUUAGGUAUUUAAUGUGUAGUAAUAUGCCUUAUAUAUAGGAUGCACAGUAUGCAAUACGAACAUCUCUAUAGUCCACUAAAUCAAUCAGUUUCAAUGGUCAGUGCAUGAGGAACCACCUUUUGAUUCCCCAUUCUGGUAGCCUGC